CGUUUUGGGGCUCAUUGCGAUUGCGCUCUCGCAGUCUUGAAUUUGUCCCGCGGAUGCAUGUGAAAGGGGAAGCUCUCCUGUUUGCAAGCACUGCGAAAGUAAGGAGGACGCGAGGCGAUGCGCACAGCGGAGAGUCCAAAGAAGCGGACGAAGUGAGCGAAACAGAUUUCUGAGGACAAUGAGACGAAAGUGCAAGCUGUAAACAUAAACGGCAGCAGCAAACCUUCAGCAUAUAAAUCAGUAUUCCCAGGGCUUUUGAGCACACGCCUCCAGAAAGCUAAUCGGAGGAGGUCGCGUGCGGGGGUACGCCGUCUGCUCAUUAUCUGAACCAGGACGGCUCCGACCAUCCGGCUUCAGACGCUCCGGUGCGUCCGAUGAUGUACCAGCACUAGUGAUCCAGAGAAGAAGACGAGCCGCCCUGCACAGCAAGUCCACCGUGCUUUGAGAUGGGCUGUUUUUACACUGAGCAGGGAAGGGCAUUGCUGUAACGGGUCAUGGCAGGGGUACACGCUUCAGAUGUUGUGUCGGGACAUGUUCUGGAUCCUAUCAUCGGCGCCCCGCCAGCCCAGGGCGCGACCAAUACAGCGGGAAUCACCGGCGGUGCGGCCGCGCUGACUCUGACCAGUACCCGGGCGUACUUGGAGGUGUCGGCCGCUGCCCAGGGCUACGGGGCCGAAGGAGUUUACACCAAUGGACGGUACAGGGAGCACGGCUGUCCAAGGACCGGGAGUGGCAGCCGUGAUAAUUCCGCCGAGAGAAGUCAGGGAGCUGGAAACAUACCUUGCGGCAUCAUGAAGGAUGGUUCCAAACAGAGGCAGGUGAGGAAGAAAACGGUGUCCUUCAGCUCAAUGCCAAAUGACCGCAAGAUCAACAGCACAGCUGCUUGCAUGGCCUUUAUGAUGGAGGGUUGUGAGAUGAAGAAGGUGCGCUCUAACUCACGCAUGUACAACCGCUACUUUCUGCUGGAUCCAGACAUGCACUGGCUCCGUUGGGAGCCAUCAAAAAAGGAUUCAGAAAAGGCCAAACUAGAGAUCAAGGGCAUUAAGGAGGUCCGUUUGGGAAAGAAAACCCCAGUUUUGCGCAGCAAUGGUCUCUCAGAUCAGUUCCCUGAUGAAUGUGCCUUCUCAAUCAUCUAUGGGGAUAACUAUGAGUCCUUAGAUUUGGUAGCCAGUACAGCAGAUGUCGUCAGCACCUGGGUGAUGGGCCUGAGGUAUCUGGUGUCUUAUGGCCGGCACACUGUAGACAUGGUAGAACCCAGCCAACCGAGUUUGCGAACGUCUUGGAUUGGCUCAGUGUUUGAACUGGCAGAUAUGGAAAAGGAAGGACACAUAGACCUGUUCAGGGCCACCCAGAUAAUCAAGGGGCUCAACCCUGGAAUGAAAGAGUCUAGGAUAGAGCUGAAGUUCAAGGAACUCCAGAAAGCUAAAGACCAAUAUGGAGAGAGCAUUAACAUGGACACCUUUGUGGAGGCCUACUGUGAGCUCUGCACACGGCCAGAGAUCUUCUUCCUACUGGUACAGUUCUCCAGUAACAAGGAGUAUCUGGACAGUAAAGAUCUGAUGCUAUUCGUGGAGGUUGAGCAGGGUGUGGAAGGUGUAACGGAGGAUAUGUGCAGGGAUAUCGUUCAGAAAUUUGAGCCAUCCGCCGAAGGUAGGGAGAGGGCCUACCUCUCCAUUGAUGGCUUUACACAUUACCUCCUCUCCUCCGAAUGCCACAUCUUUGACCCUCAGCACAAACGUGUGUGCCAGGAUAUGACCCAGCCUCUGUCCCACUACUACAUCAACUUAUUUUUUUUUUUUUUUUUUUUUGAGAUAGUCCACAUCAAUGCAUCUAAAAAAAAAAACCCCCAAGCUCUAAGAAUGGGCUGUCGCAGCAUUGAAGUCAUUGUAUGGGAUGGCCCUGAUAAUGAACCAGUGGUGUAUGUGGGUAGUUCUGUAGCCUCACAUCUAGCUUUCUCUAAAGUCCUGGACAUUAUAAACCAAUAUGCUUUUGAGAGCUCAGAGUAUCCCUUGAUUCUCUGCCUAGUGACCCACUGCUCCAUCCCCCAGCAGAGGGUCAUAGCACAGCAUAUGAAGAAGAUUCUUGGGGACAAGCUGUAUGUUGAACCCCCAUUCAAGGAGGAAAACUACCUACCCUCCCCUGAGAAACUCAAAGGUAAAAUCCUCAUUAAAGGUAAGAGGCUACCGCCCAACUGCACUGAUGAGGGUGACGUGACAGAUGAGGAGGAGGGUCUGGAAAUGUCUCGAAGAGUGGGAGCUGAUGAGAAGGACCAGCUAAAUGGCUUAAGCUACAGGAGACUCAGACUGUGCAGGGAGCUCUCUGAUCUUGUAUCUCUCUGCAAGUCAAUCCAGUUUAGGGACUUUGAGAUCUCUAAGCGAGACCAAAAAUACUGGGAGAUAUGUUCCUUCAAUGAGGUUGAUGCAAACAGGUUUGCCAAUGAGUUCCCAGAGGAAUUUGUCUGUUAUAACAAGCGCUUUCUCUCCAGGGUAUAUCCCACACCUAUGAGAAUUGAUGCCAGCAACAUGAACCCCCAGGAUUUCUGGAAGUGUGGCUGCCAGAUUGUGGCCAUGAACUACCAGACGCCAGGCCUGAUGAUGGACCUCAACCUAGGCUGGUUCAGGCAGAAUGGAAACUGUGGGUAUGUUCUGCGGCCAGCCAUCAUGAGGGAGGAGGUGUCCUACUUUAGUGCCAAUGCUCGGGACUCACUGCCAGGAGUGUCUGCCCAGCUUCUUCACAUUAAGGUCAUCAGUGGGCAAAAUCUGCCCAAGCCUCGCGGCUCUGCAGCUAAGGGUGAUGUGGUGGAGCCCUACAUAUAUGUGGAGAUCCACGGCAUUCCAGCUGACUGUGCUGAGCAAAGAACCAAGACUGUGUCCCAGAAUGGUGACAACCCUAUUUUUGAUGAGAGUUUUGAAUUCCAGAUAAAUUUACCAGAACUUGCAGUACUGCGCUUUGUGGUGCUGGAUGACGACUACAUUGGAGACGAGUUCAUUGGCCAGUACACCAUCCCAUUUGAGUGCCUACAGCCAGGCUAUAGACAUGUCCCCCUACAGUCACUGACGGGAGAGUUCCUACCCAACACCACCCUGUUUGUCCAUGUAGCCAUCACCAACAGGAGGGGUGGAGGAAAGGCACAUAAGAGGGGUCUGUCUGUCAGGAAGAGCAGAAAGGCCCGGGAGUACACCACCACCAAGACCACAGGGAUCAAAGUAGUGGACGAGCUCUUCAGAGCUUCCACCCAGCCCCUCAGGGAGGCCACAGACCUCAGAGAAAAUGUGCAGAAUGCCAUGGUGUCCUUCAAAGAGCUCUGUGGCCUGACCCCGGCAGCCAACAUGAAGCAGUGUAUCCUGACGAUGUCAUCCUGGCUGAUGAACAGUGAGCGGUCACUGAAGGUAACAGUGGACCUGAGCGAGACUUACCCCACCAUGGAAGCACAGGGUCCUGUACCUGAGCUGCUGCGCAAAGUGCUCAACGCCUAUGACAUGAUGAUUCAAACCAGCAGAACACUGAUUGAGUCGGCUGAUGUCGUCUACUCGAAGCUCACACAAGCCCAGAGGGCAGGUCUGGACUUCCAUGAGGACCUGCACCGCAUUGGAGCAAAGGAGGGUCUGAAAGGCCGCAAACUUCAGAAGGCCAUGGAGAGCUACGCUUGGAACAUCACUGUCCUCAAGGGCCAGGCAGACCUGCUGAAGCAUGCUAAGAGCGAGGCACUCGACACUCUGCGUCAGAUCCACUGUGCAGCUCAGUCCUGUGGUCUCAGUAAGAACGGAGCGGCUUCGCCACAGCUCCAGCACCAUCCUCACCACCAGCCACAGCAAGUCCACAUACAGCAACAGCCUCAGGCCAAGACCCACCCACAGCCUCCUCCACUGCACCAGUCCCAAACUCAGCCCCAGUCCCAAUUCCAAUCCCAGACAGCACCACAGGCUUAUCUCCAUCCCCAUUCCCAGCUACCAGCUCUCCCUCUGGUUCAAACUGUUUCAAAACCACCGGCCUAUACUCAACCCCCACCCCUCCCCCAGUUUCAGUACCAGAGCCAGCAGCAGAGGGCAGCAGGCCCUCUGGACGCCAUCCAUGAGAAAGAGAUGGUCGGUGGCGAUCCCGUGGGAUCAUGCUGACCCGCAGCCUGUGCCCACAGAGAAUCCUACCCAAAGAGAGACAGACAGGGCGAGAUGGAGAAGCAGAAGAGUGUCGAAGAAAAUCUGGAGGCCAGUAACGAAAGGGAGAUGGGUGAAGUGGCUGAUAGAAUUAAAGAGAUGAUAAUGGUGAGAAAGACUCGUCGUGUUAGAAGUGAGACACAAGUCUGAGAGCAGGUUUGAGUUGGCUGAAGUUGAAAAGAAGAAGAGACCUCACACUUCAAUCACACAUUUCGAAACAGGAAGUAAAACUAGAAAGACCAUGUUUACCUAUCACUGUCAUGGAUUUGGAAGAUAAUCGUCCAUCUGAUCCAGGAAGUUUAGGUCUCUUCUGUCUUCUCUCUUGUGAAAAGCGAAAACGGUAACAGCUGGUAACAAACGUGUGGUGUGUGUUUCUGCAUAGGAAUGUGCUCAGCAGUUGGAUAUCCCUGUCUCUCUCUCUGGGCAGUGCUAAUUACAUGCCCCUCCAUUAUGUUCUCUAGCUCUGUGGGUACAGGCUUUACCUCACUCCAUGUGUUUGAGCUUUUAUUUUUUCAUGCUCAUGCACUCUUCCUCUGCCAUCUUAGACGUAAAAGCUAAGUGCAAACCCUCACUCCUUAUAAUGAAGAGGACGGCAUUUUAAUUUUAAGUGCACAACAUAGAGCAGCUUGACCAGGCUGAGCUCUGUAGGCAUCACAGAUGUCCAUUUUAGCACAAACCAGGAAGCUGUAUAGCCUAAAUAGAAAAACCAAACCACACCUGUUGAUGUGUUCAGUCACACUGAUGCUCUUCUUGCACCCCUUGCUGGUGUCAACCUCCAUUUAGCCCGGUGUCAUUCCAUAGGAUAUAAGUUCUUUAGCAUUCCUGGACUCUCCCCACAGGGUCUCCUUCUCUCCUCCCCAGGGGCUGUGUGUGUGACGUUACGUGAGUCGGUGUUUUGGUCCCCAGGUUGGAGCUAGCCCACGUCUGUAAGUGGAGGAGAUCAACCAGCCAAUCACGACUGGAAUAGUUGACUCUGCCUGUUAGAGGAAACAUGGUACUGUCAAUAGAAACAAAACAAAGUGAAUAUAGAUGUAAACUGUAUGUAAAAUGUACGAAGGGAACAUAUAUUGCUAAAAUAAUUCUUGCAGACACAGACAUUAAUGAUUGAUAUUAUAAUUGUUGUUAGUUCUAUUGAUAUUCUGAUUUUUUUUUUAACAUUACUUCCACAUAUACAGUGAUUUGACACAUGAUGUUGUGUGGUGCAGUUCAUGUGGGACUGGAACGAGGGAUAACUGGUUAGUACCACAACACGAGUGUCAAAUAAUAAACCUGACAUGUGUUUCACUGCAAAGUGAGUGUGGAUUCUGUAAAAGCUCCUUUAAGUGGCCCAUUAAAACUGGCUUCAUUGUUUA